AUGACAAAUCCAGACGAGCCCUUUAGUGCAGAGUACUAUCAGCACAUGCUCCUGUCGCUCACACUCAAUUCCAAGGCCCUUAUAACUGAACUCACAGCAUUGGCAGAAAUUUACGUGGACAAUGCGCCUGAGAUUGUCCGAUUGAUCGAGGACAGAAUCACCAAGAUCCUCCCGAAGUACAAGCUUUUCUCGUUUUAUCUAUUAGACUCUGUAAUUAAGAACAUAGGCAACCCAUAUAAUCUCUUGUUUGCCAAAAAUCUAUACAAGACAUUCACAGAGUCCUAUCUAAUAGUUGAAGACACCCACACCCGCCAAGAUCUUAUCAACUUGUUCCAAACAUGGAUGACUGGACAGAGCAGCAAUGGCCUUGAAAUCUUCCCUAAAGAGGUCUUGCAGAAGAUCGAAACAUUCAUCAUAAAGGCAACGUCGUUGGCUGGUGGAUCCGCCCAAGGAGCACCAAAAGUGAAUAGAGACGCAAUUCUCAGAGAGGGCAAUGUUCUUCUACAGCAUAUAAUUGCAAUGGAUGAUGAGCUUGAAAGAUUUGAAGAUCUGACGCCCGACUAUACAGAGCAAAUCCAACAAUGGAGACGUUUUAGAAACGAUUUGGUGUUUGAGAUCAAUACAAUCUGUGAAAGUACCAUGACAAAAGCCAAAGAUGCGUUUGAGAGAUUGAAAGACGGCUAUGCUGAAGAUCUACGUCGUAUACGAAAGGAUUUGGAUGGGCAAGCUGUACAACAACAGAAUCUUAUCAAAGAAGCAGCGCAAGCUCCAACAACGACAGAUGCAGCCGCAUGGUAUCCGGAACUCAACAAUGUUUACAAAAGAGUAAGAGUCCUUAUGAUCCUCGAUCCAAAGGAUGAGAAAUUCAUGAACAGUGUGAAAUGCUGGGGACAACCAAAGGAGAAUGUGAUUAAUCUGGCAUCAAAACAAGAUGAAUCUAGCCAAGCGGCAGCUACACAGCUGCCGAAGAGUCAGAUCGCUGAACCCAUUGCAUUUACAGAAGAACUUGCGGCAACAGCCCCUCUUCCGUCUCUGACCAAACCCAAUGAGAUAUCACUCGCUCAAAGUCUAGGGUUGGAUUUCGCCUCUAUUGAUUUCCCGGAUUUCGGGAAGGAUAAGAUCCGUCAUGGGUCUUUCGAUGAAUGCGAGGACGCAGAGGAUGGAGAUGGAGAUGGAUACGAUCCCGAACAUGCAAUAGCUCUUGAUCAUGAACCUCAAUUUAUACCCAAAGAGCCACGGAAAGACAUCGUGGUACAAAAGCUGAGCUUGAAGCGUGCUAGAGAUUCCGAGGAGCGGGUCGUCAAGCGUGUACGUUUCGACGACUGA